AUGAGUUCCCAGCGCGAAGACUCAAUCCCGCAUGAGUUGCGCACGGCAGCGGAACCUCGGCAAAACAGACUUUAUCCGGUGCGCCUGACGCAUGUAGAACAAGUCAAUUCUUCGGUCCGAUUGUUACAAUUCGCGAUACCUACUCAGGAGAGCCAUAAUGACAAGCAACAACCGUUUUCAUUCCUUCCUGGCCAGUGGCUGGACGUUCAUAUUCCCUCCAUCACCCAGGCUGGGGGAUUUACUAUAACCUCCACCCCUGCAGAUGCCCAGCCCCUAUCACUGCCUAUAUCACCUACAGAGACCCUGGCAGGUGAGGAGGCCGGCUCAUCCAUUGCGUGGCAAGGACGAGCACCUUUUGUUGAGCUAGCUGUCCAAGAAUCCCCAAACAACCCGUCCGCAGCAUGGCUGUGGCGGCCGAAAGAGCAGAUUCUCGGCAGGGAACUCAACAUCCGUGUUGGCGGAAGCUUUGUUUGGCCCCCAACUGGAGUUGACUUACACAGUGUAAAGAACGUGAUUCUCAUUGCUGGUGGUGUUGGGAUCAACCCUCUUAUCUCCAUUCUUUCCCAUCUCAAUAACCAAAGUCAACCACCUCAGCCUUUGGACAUUCAUUUUCUCUACUCCAGUCGGGUGCCCCAGGAGCAUGAGUCCUCGCUGGAUGCUGUUCUGGACCAGGUCCUGUUCCUCGCCAGGCUUCGUCAAAUCAUUCGCUCCCAAUCCCAAUCACACCGUCUGCGGAUCUCUGUAGAUCUAUUUUUAACGAAUUUGGCCUCGAAUCAUCUCACUUCGUCUGACAUCCCCGCAGACCUCGUCAUCCAUCCUCGGAGAAUUAGUAGACAAGAUCUCCACUCGGCGGUUGCGGGAAGGGAUGGUAAACUCGAUCCACAGAACGCAGUAGCUUAUGUUUGUGGGCCUCCGAAAAUGACGGAUGAAAUGGUGGAGUUGCUAAAAGGUAACCUUGGAGAGGGGGGAGAGGAGAGAGUCUUCUUUGAGAAAUGGUGGUGA